UUUUUUUUUUUUCCAUUUUCCUCUUUUCAUUUAUUGGGACAACAUUUCACCUUCUCCGUGCUUCCUUAUUCACCUUCUUGUUUUGUUUCCCUCUGAUUCUUACUUGCUCAAAAUGGUCGAAAGCGAAAUGAAGAACGACGCCUCUGCUGAUUCGCCGACUUCGGUUCUCGAAGAUGAGGAGAAAUGCAAGGAAAAAACUGUGCUCAAACCAGAAACUGACACCCUUCUAGAUGCUGAAAAUGAGGAUUCUUCUCUUAUAUCAGGAGCCAUGGCUGAAGAGGAAGAAAAACUGUUGGAAGCUCGGGUGAAACAAGAAGCAGAACAAGAGAAAGAGCCAGCAGAGGCACCUCACUUGAAUGACAGCCAGUUCACCAAAUUAGAUGAGCUUCUAACUCAAACACAACUCUACUCUGAAUUUUUGCUGGAAAAGAUGGAGGAAAUCACUCAUAAUGGAGUGGAGCAGGAGAGUGAAACUGUUGAGAAAAAGAGAGGACGUGGCUCAAAAAGAAAAGCUCCUGCUCAAUACAAUACUAGGAAAGCAACAAGAGCAGUUGCUGCAAUGCUGACAAGGUCUAAAGAAGUUGAAAAGGCUGAAGAUGAAAAUUUGACCAAGGAAGAAAGAUUGGAGACAGAGCAGAGAGAGCUAGUGCCUUUAUUAACUGGUGGAAAGUUGAAGUCCUAUCAAAUCAAAGGUGUGAAAUGGUUGAUUUCCUUGUGGCAAAAUGGGCUCAAUGGGAUCCUUGCUGAUCAAAUGGGACUCGGAAAAACUAUUCAAACAAUUGGUUUCCUUGCACAUCUAAAAGGGAAUGGCUUAGAUGGCCCCUAUUUAGUAAUUGCUCCUCUUUCUACUCUCUCAAAUUGGGUAAAUGAGAUUUCAAGGUUCACUCCCUCUAUCAAUGCAGUUAUCUACCAUGGUGACAAGAAACAAAGGGAUGAGAUCCGGAGAAAAUACAUGCCCAGAUCUAUUGGCCCCAAAUUUCCGAUUAUUGUUACUUCUUAUGAGGUUGCAUUGUCUGAUGCGAGAAAGCAUUUGAGACAUUACAAUUGGAAAUAUGUUGUGGUUGACGAGGGGCAUAGAUUGAAAAACUCGAAAUGCAAAUUGCUGAAGGAAUUGAAACUCAUACCUAUGGAGAAUAAGCUUCUGCUUACUGGAACACCUCUGCAGAACAAUUUGGCUGAACUUUGGUCAUUGUUGAAUUUCAUUUUGCCUGAUAUUUUUCAAUCCCAUGAUGAAUUUGAGUCAUGGUUUGAUUUGUCAGGGAAAACCAAUAACGAAGCAAAGGAGGAACUAGAGGAGAAGAGAAGGGCUCAGGUGGUUGCUAAACUUCAUGCCAUAUUGCGGCCAUUUCUCCUCCGGAGGAUGAAGGCUGAUGUUGAGCAGAUGCUCCCUCGGAAAAAAGAGAUUAUUUUGUAUGCUACAUUGACAGAGCAUCAAAAGAAUUUUCAGGAUCAUCUAAUUAACAAGACUUUGGAGGGCUACUUACGAGAGAAGAUGGACACAGGACGUAGUAUGAAAGGAAAGCUGAACAAUUUGAUGAUCCAGCUUCGGAAGAACUGCAACCACCCUGACCUAUUAGAGUCAGCUUUUGAUGGCUCAUAUUUCUAUCCGCCAGUAGAACAGAUAGUUGAGCAGUGUGGCAAGUUCAGGUUGCUGGACAGAUUAUUGAAUAGGCUAUUUGCACUUAGGCACAAAGUCUUGAUAUUCACUCAGUGGACUAAGAUAUUGGAUAUAAUGCACUAUUAUUUUAGUGAAAAAGGCUUCGAAGUUUGUAGAAUUGACGGCAGUGUGAAGUUGGAUGAAAGGAGAAGACAGAUUCAGGAAUUCAAUGAUGUGAAUAGCAACUAUAGAAUCUUUCUUCUCAGCACUCGAGCUGGUGGACUGGGUAUCAACCUUACUGCAGCUGAUACCUGUAUACUAUAUGACAGUGACUGGAAUCCCCAAAUGGAUUUGCAGGCAAUGGAUAGAUGUCACAGAAUUGGCCAGACGAAGCCUGUUCAUGUCUACAGGCUUGCAACAGCUCAAUCUGUUGAGGGUCGCAUUUUGAAAACAGCAUUUAGUAAGUUGAAGCUAGAGCAUGUGGUCAUUGGUAAGGGGCAGUUUCACCAAGAAAGAACGAAGACUAACGAUUUGGAGGAAGAGGACAUUCUAGCACUGCUUCGCGAUGAAGAAACUGUUGAAGACAAGUUGAUACAGACUGAUGUGAGUGAUGAGGAUUUGGAAAGGGUAUUGGAUCGCAGUGAUCUGAUUGGAGACCCAGCUGAUGACAAAGAAAAUAAUGCUACUGUUGGUGCGAUCCCCCUUAAAGGGCCUGGUUGGGAGGUGGUGAUACCUACAGCAACCGGGGGCAUGCUCUCCACCCUUAACAGUUAACGAUUUAAUUCGUGGAUGGGACAGGCUUUUGUUGAUUUGUUUUUUCCUUUUUGGUGGUUUGCUGUUUAAGGUUAGUGCUGAAGGAUGCUUUUUUUGCCCUCCAAUUUUUUAGAGCAAAAUAUUACUCUAGGAAAUUAUUCCAUUUUGUACAAGUUUGGAUAGGGCUACAAUUCCUUAGGAGGAGCUGAUUUUUGUAACAUAUCUGAUGUAUCCUUAUAUUCAGAUAACAGCAUCAGAAGUUUGAAACAUAUUAAUGCUUAUUUGAUAGAAUGUAUUCCAUUUCUCUUUAAAAUUA